UCUCUUUCUCUACAUUAAACACUAAAUCUCUUCUCUUUUUUCUGGUCUAGCUUGUUAGUUUAAAAAACCAACCAUGAAUGAGAAUCACAUUCAAAGCGAGCAUAUGAACAGUGAUUCAUCAGUCACCACCAUUGAGGUAACAAACAAAAAACUCCCAAACUUCCUCUCAUCGAUACGCCUCAAAUACGUUAAACUCGGUUACCACUACCUUAUCUCCAACGCCGUCUACAUAAUCCUCCUCCCCGUCCUCCUCGCCGCAAGCUCCUCCUUCAAUCUCUCCGAUCUCACUCUUUUAUUCAACCACCUCCUCAAUUUCCACUUAGUCUCGUCCACUCUCUUCGCCGCUCUUCUAAUCUUUCUAACCACCUUCUACUUCACAACCCGUCCUCGCAAAAUCUUCCUCCUCGAUUUCGCUUGCUACAAACCCGACCCUUCUCUGAUAUGCACACGAGAAACAUUCAUGGACCGGUCUCAACGUGUAGGUAUCUUCACAGAAGACAACCUCGCUUUCCAACAAAAGAUCCUCGAACGUUCCGGUUUAGGGCAGAAGACUUACUUCCCUGAAGCUCUCUUACGCGUCCCACCGAAUCCUUGUAUGUCGGAAGCGAGGAAAGAAGCUGAGACGGUCAUGUUUGGAGCUAUAGACGCAGUGCUUGAGAAAACCGGAGUGAAGCCUAAGGAUAUUGGGAUACUUGUGGUGAAUUGUAGCUUGUUUAAUCCCACGCCUUCUCUAUCGGCUAUGAUCGUGAACAAAUAUAAGCUUAGAGGAAACGUUGUGAGCUAUAAUCUUGGUGGUAUGGGUUGUAGUGCUGGUCUUAUCUCCAUUGAUCUCGCUAAACAGCUUCUUCAGGUCCAACCAAAUUCAUAUGCACUAGUAGUGAGCACAGAGAACAUAACCUUAAACUGGUACUUAGGCAACGACCGAUCAAUGCUUCUCUCAAACUGCAUCUUCCGAAUGGGCGGCGCCGCCGUGCUCCUCUCGAACCGCUCCUCCGACCGCCGCCGCUCAAAAUAUCAACUCAUCCACACCGUCCGUACACACAAAGGAGCUGACGACAACGCUUUUAACUGCGUUUACCAGCGCGAAGACAACAACGACAACAACAAGAUCGGUGUCUCGCUCUCUAAGAACCUAAUGGCUAUCGCAGGAGAAGCUCUCAAGACGAACAUAACUACUCUCGGACCGCUAGUCCUACCAAUGUCGGAACAGCUUCUCUUUUUCGCGACACUCGUGGCUCGAAAAGUGUUUAAAGUCAAGAAAAUCAAACCAUAUAUCCCUGAUUUCAAGCUAGCUUUCGAGCACUUCUGCAUCCACGCGGGAGGCAGAGCAGUGCUCGAUGAGAUUGAGAAGAAUUUGGAUCUUUCUGAGUGGCAUAUGGAGCCUUCGAGGAUGACUUUGAACCGGUUUGGGAACACUUCGAGUAGCUCGCUUUGGUAUGAGCUUGCGUAUAGUGAGGCCAAAGGGAGGAUCAAGAGGGGAGAUAGGACUUGGCAGAUUGCUUUUGGUUCCGGUUUUAAGUGUAAUAGUGCGGUUUGGAGGGCUUUGACAAGUAUUGAUCCGUCCAAGAACAAGACUAAUCCAUGGAUCGAUGAGAUACAUGAGUUUCCCGUUCCGGUUCCGAGGAUCUCUCCUGUGUCAUCUUCGUCGGAUUCUCGAUAGUUGAUUUCUUUUUUUCAUCCCUUUAAUGUAGUAUGAUUUCACAACACAUAUAUAUAUAUAUAUAUAUAUAUAUAUAUCUCAA